AUAUGUGUAAAGUUAGAUAUCAUUGUUAUCAUGAUAUUAAUAUUAUAAAAAGGAGGCUACUCUGCCAUAGUCUCUCUUGAAAGAAAACUAUAUGUAUGUUUUGAGAAGGGUGUGAGAGCAUGAUUUAGAUCUACCUCACUACUUAUCCCCUGCUCAUAUAAACUAAAGUGAUAGAAAUUAUUUACAUAUUCUAUAUAUAUAUAUUUAUCUUAUAUAUAAGAUAAGAUGAUGAAGAAGAGGCCAAGUUGGUCCUUUCUGUUGUGUAACCAGAGUUGUAAAAGCAAUCCUUCUAAAACAGCUGAUGACUACCAUCAAGACGAUGAAGUGAAGGCGGAUAAAAAGAAUGGAAAAAUUGUUUACGAUGAUUCAGUCAAAAGAAGUUCCGGUGGAUGGAAGGCCGUAUCUUUUAUUUUAGGAAAUGAAACUUUUGAGAGAUUGGCAACGUUCGGAUUAUUGGCAAACUUUAUGGUUUACCUAACAACAAAGCUUCACAUGGAUCAAGUAUCAGCUUCUAACGUUAUGAACAUUUGGGGUGGCAUCACCAAUUUCGCACCUUUAAUUGGGGCUUUCAUCUCUGAUGCCUAUGCUGGUCGCUUCUGGACCAUUGCCGUUGCAUCUUUUGCUUCGCUUUUGGGAAUGGUGACGGUGACUAUGACAGCGUGGUUACGGCAGCUACAUCCUGGGGCAUGCACAAAGGAACAAUUAGAGUUGGGGCAGUGCCAAGGCCCAACUCAAUUACAACUAGGUUGCUUGUUGCUAGGCCUCGGCUUCUUAUCCGUAGGCACCGGAGGUAUCAGGCCAUGCAGUAUUCCUUUCGGCGUCGACCAGUUCGAUCCCACCACCAACCAAGGACGAAGUGGAAUCAACAGCUUUUUCAACUGGUACUAUACGACGUUCACGGUGGUUUUACUGAUCACUCAGACUGUGGUCGUUUACAUCCAAGACAACCUUAGUUGGGUAAUAGGUUUUGGGAUUCCGACAGUUUUCAUGGCCGGCUCCAUAGUAUUUUUCUUCGUUGGGGCUCCUCUUUACAAUCACGUGAAACCAGAAGGCAGCAUAUUUUCCGGUAUUGCUCAGGUUUUCGUUGCUGCUUUCAAGAAGCGUCGCCUAAUGAUUCCGGCACCCACUGAUAAUGUUGACGGAGAUGGCUCCCUCUUAUUUUAUGAUCCUCCACUCAAUGGAAAUGUUUUGUCAAAACUCCCUCGUACCAAUCAGUUUAGGUAUUUUGACAAAGCAGCUGUAAUAUUGGAAAAUGAGAUAAACCCAAACGGCGAUCCUUUGAACAAGUGGAGAUUGUGCAGUAUCCAACAGGUAGAGGAAGUGAAGUGCUUAGCAAGAAUCACACCGAUAUGGGCAUCAGGAAUCAUAAGCUUGAUCUCCAUAGUCCAACAAGGGACUUUCACAGUCUCUCAAGCUCUCAAAAUGGAUCGUCACAUAGGUUCCAAUUUUGAGGUCCCAGCAGGUUCAAUAGGCGUCAUCUCACUCAUCACCAUCGGCAUUUGGCUUCCUUUCUACGACCGCCUACUCGUCCCAGCUCUCCGCCGAAUCACCAACCACGAGAACGGAAUCACACUCCUCCAGAGAAUUGGAAUCGGAAACAUUUUCUCAAUUCUGUCAAUGGUAGUAGCCGGAUUAGUCGAAAAGGAGAGAAGAAGAUGGGCCAACUCAGGGAUGGCGUCCAUGUCGGUGUUCUGGUUGGCCCCACAAUUGGUGUUAAUGGGAUUUUGUGAAGCCUUUAACAUGAUAGGACUAAUUGAGUUUUUCAACCGCCAGUUUCCGGAUCACAUGAGGAGCAUUGGAAAUGCGCUCUUCUCUUGCUCUUUCGCUGGUGCUAGUUACACUAGCAGUAUAUUGGUUACUGUCCUCCAUCGAGUUACCGCUACCAAUGACCGACCCGAUUGGUUGACUAAUGAUAUUAACAAGGGGAGGCUGGACUAUUUUUACUAUCUUUUAGCUGGUUUGGGUGUCUUUAAUGUUCUUUAUUUCCUCUAUUGUGCUAGUCGUUAUCGUUACAAAGGGGCUGUCAUAGAAUUGGAGAACAAAGCUACAAAUGUGGUAGAUGUGGAGAUGAAUUCGGUGCUUAAUAAAGGGCUGAGUACUUGAAUCACUUGGUGGGUGAUGAUCAUUGCUCCUCAGAAAUAAGUAGUACUACUAUUAUAGUAGUGGUGAGUGAGUGAUAUAUAUAGACACACAAUGAUAUAGACACACAUAUAUGUAUAAUAAAUCAAUAUAUCCAUUUUGUCAUUAGCCCUAUACAACUUCUUAUUGAAAUUGAAAAAAAAUUGUAACUUGUUAAUGACAUGAGAUCUAAAAAUAAAAGAUAAUGACAAAAAGGGAAUAUUUCUAGCUCUAUAGCA